CACCUCCACAAGCUUGCUGCCAUUGUCGAAGGUAUAUCUCUGUGUGUUAUGGAAUUUGGGAGUGUUUGGUUGUGGGAACCGGAAUGAACUAAUGAAUGAAUGAAUGACGAAACAUUCCCGAAGAGCUUGGGGGUUUGUCAGACUUGGUGAGCUUGGAUCUUUACUUGGCAACCUUGCAAAACUGCGUUUCCUUCCCGUGAGUUUCAAGAUUCACAAGAAGGGAACAUCCAAUCAUUGCAAGUCUUGUGAGUUUCAUACACUUUCAUCGCAGUAAGAGGGAGGAGAGAGUGAAAAGUUACUAAUUUCUCUGCCAUCAGAGAAUGCAAAUAACAUAUAGUUUUGCCGUGGAAUGCAGGGAUCUUUCAAAUAACAAUCUGACAGGGGAUAUUCCAGUUAAUGGAUCUUUUUCGCUUUUUACUCCCAUCAGGUUUGUUGAAGCAACUUUACUCUUUUUCUUUACCUUUAGGGACAAAAAUAACAAUCUGACAGGGGAUACACUUUCAUCUCAGUAAGAGGGAGGAGAGGGUAAUAUAGCUUGAUCAAGUUGGUGUUGUAGUUGUUGUAUGGGAUGCAGGUUUCACUCAUCUACUGUCUUUGCAGCUGAGAAGGAACCAGAAGUUCAUUUACGACAGCUCAAAAGGUUUUCUUUGCGCGAGCUACAAGUUGCCACGGAUACCUUUAGCAACAAAAAUAUUCUUGGUAGAGGUGGAUUUGGUAAGGUUUAUAAAGGACGCUUAGCUGAUGGAACUCUGGUUGCUGUAAAAAGACUUACAGAGGAGAGAACCCAAGACGGGGAACUACAGUUCCAAACAGAAGUUCAAAUGAUUAGCAUGGGUGUCCACCAUCGCAAUCUGCUUCGUCUGCAUGGUUUUUGCAUGACACCAACAGAAAGGCUGCUUGUAUAUCCUUAUAUGGCUAAUGGAAGUGUGGCAUCUUGUUUAAGAGAUCGUCCAGAAGGACAACCUGCACUUGAUUGGCCAAUAAGACAACGCAUUGCAUUGGGAUCUGCAAGAGGUCUUGCUUAUUUACAUGAUCACUGUGAUCCAAAAAUUAUUCACCGUGAUGUGAAAGCUGCAAACAUAUUGUUGGAUGAGGAAUUCGAAGCUGUUGUUGGAGACUUUGGGUUGGCUAAACUCUUGGACAACAAGGAUGCAUAUGUUACCACACAUGUAUGUGGCACAAUUGGUCAUAUGGCACCGGAGCACUUUUCAACUGGAGUGUCUUCCGAGAAAACUGAUGUUUUUGGAUACGGAGUCCUGCUUCUUGAACUCAUCACUGGGCAGAGGGCUUUCAAUCCUCAGCUUGCGAGUGAUGAUGAUUUCAUGUCAGUUGAUUGGGUCAAACGACUACUGAAAAAUCGGAGGUUGGAAAGACUUGUUGAUGCUGAUCUAAAUGGAAAUUAUAUUGACGAUCAAGUGGAGCAGCUGAUCCAAGUAGCUCUACUGUGCACACAAGGCUCCCCAGGGGAACGGCCCAAGAUGUCAGAGGUUGUCCGAAUGCUUGAAGGCGAAGGCGAAGGUUUGCUUGAAAGAUGGGAGGAUUGGCAAAAAGAGGAGGUGAUCCGCCAAGAUUUCAACACUAUUCAUCAUCCAAGUAACACUGCUACUGGGGCUAUUGCUGGAGGGGUUGCUGUUGGUGCUGCUUUACCGUUUGCUCUGACAUUAAGGUAUUAAGGGAUCAAGAGAUCA